ACUCACAUAUUCAUUCGUCUCUCUCUAAAACUUGGAUUCUCUCAAGCUCUUACCUUUUCUUUCUUCUCUCUCUCUCUCUCUCUCUCUCUCUCUCUCUCGCCAAAUGAAGCUGACGGACGGAGACGCCACCUCUUCCGCCGUUAAGCUCGACUGUUUUAAAUGACAAAGCUAGCUUUUGCUCUCCUUGUGGCCGUUGGUUUCCUUGCAGCUAUCUCCUUCCCACGGUUAACUCAUGCCUUGGGCUCGGGCUCAACGCUCGCCGUCGCCUAUGGCACCGUCACAGUCUGCGCCAUCGUAGCCGCGGAGCCGAAUCAACGGAUUAUCUGCUACCGCCCCGGCGACACAUCUUCCUCCGCCGUCGUCCCCAUCCUCCCGAACGUCUCCUACUCCACCGUCGUCGGUGGGGAAACCGACGUUUGCGCCCUCCGUUCCGGCGGUUACAGCCUCCUGUGCUGGAAAACAGACAACCUGACUUUCCCCGUCAAACGCCUCUACAUUAACUACACCGUGACCCUGCAAUCUCUCUCCAUCGGUGAGGAAAGGAUUUGCGCGACGACGACGAACACGUCCACGCCAGUAUUCUGCUGGAGAACCGAUGGUAGUAAUAGAAACAACAGCGAGGAGUUACCGAAUGGUAAUUACAGCAUGGGAAAAAUCACAUCCGGGGUCGAGUUUUCUUGUGGGAUUGUGUUGAGUGAAAACAACCGGGUGACUUGUUGGGGAGAUAACCCGGUCGGGAAACAAAUAGAAAGGCAAUUCGGGAACAUGUCAAUGUCGAAUAUCGAAGCCGGGUUUUCCCAUGUUUGUGGAGUGAGCUCAGCUGGGGAUUUGGUUUGCAAAGGAGAUAACUCGACAGGUCAACUCAAUGUUCCAUCAAACAAAGGUUUGAACUUUGCUUCGGGGUUAGCGCUCGGGGAAGGGUUCAGUUGCGCAAUCAGGAGGUCGAGCGGUACAGUUGUUUGUUGGGGUUCGAUGGGUGAGACUGCGGUUGGAGGAAUCGGGUUCGAAUCCAUCGUUUCAGGCUCAAAUUUUGCUUGUGGAUUAACUACCAAGAACCUUUCAGUAGUUUGUUGGGGUCCAGGGUGGCCUGGAACCAAUGGGUCGAAUUCAAAUUCUACAGUGAAUGAGUUACCUUUGGGAGCUGAUAUUUUACCAUGGCCUUGUGUUCAGUCCUCUUGUAAUGAGUGUGGGUUAUAUCCUGACUCAAGCAGGCUUUGUUUUGGCUCUGGUAACAUUUGUAAACCUUCCCCUUGUUUCAAUUUCACCGCCCCACCGCCGCCGUUGCCGGCAGCUCCACCUCUGGGUACCACGCGGUCGUCGCCAUCUAAAGAGUUGAGGAGAGGGUUAUUAGCUUUUGCAAUAGUUGGAUCAGUUGGAUGUUUCGUGGGGAUUUGUAGUAUUGUUUAUUGUUUAUGGACCGGGGUUUGUUUUGGGAAAAAGAAAGUGCAUAAUUCAGUUCAGCCAACAAUCACUAGAGCUGGUUCUAAUGGCGGUCCAGGAUCGAAUAACAGUCCUCCUUCAAGGUCAUCUACAAUCAGACGCCAGAGUUCAAGAGCAAUGAGGCGUCAAAGAAGUGGAACAUCAUCGAAACAUGCUGAUAGAGCUGAGGAAUUUAGCUUGGCUGAGCUUGCUGCUGCCACCAAUGAUUUUUCAUUCGAAAACAAGAUUGGUGCUGGGAGCUUUGGGGUUGUUUACAGAGGGAAACUGCUGGAUGGCCGUGAGGUGGCAAUCAAAAGAGGUGAAACAGGUUCAAAAGCCAAGAAGUUUCAAGAGAAAGAGAGUGCAUUUGAAUCAGAAUUGGCAUUCUUGUCUAGGCUUCAUCAUAAGCAUUUGGUUAGGCUUGUUGGGUACUGUGAAGAGAAGGAUGAAAGGCUUCUGGUUUAUGAGUACAUGAAGAACGGUGCACUUUAUGAUCAUUUACAUGAUAAGAACAACGUUGAGAAAAGUAGUAGCCUGCUUAAUUCCUGGAAAAUGAGGAUCAAAAUUGCUUUGGAUGCAGCCCGAGGGAUUGAGUAUCUUCACAAUUAUGCAGUUCCACCUAUAAUUCAUAGAGAUAUCAAGUCCUCUAACAUAUUACUCGAUGUGAGUUGGACAGCAAGAGUUUCAGAUUUCGGACUUUCCUUGAUGGGUCCGGAAUCUGACAGAGAUUACAGGCCAAUGAAGGCAGCCGGAACAGUUGGUUACAUUGAUCCUGAGUACUAUGGCUUAAAUGUGUUAACAGCAAAGAGUGAUGUCUAUGGUCUCGGGGUUGUAAUGCUAGAACUUCUAACAGGGAAGAGGGCUAUAUUCAAGAACGAUGAAAAUGGAGGGACCCCAGUGAGCCUGGUGGAUUUUGCAGUGCCUGCAAUCAUGGCAGGGGAACUGGUUAAGGUUCUGGACACAAGGGUUGGACCACCAGAGCUGAAUGAAGCUGAAGCAGUGGAGCUGAUGGCAUACACUGCGAUGCACUGUGUGAAUUUGGAAGGGAAAGAGAGGCCUACGAUUGGUGACAUUGUUUCUAACUUGGAGAGGGCAGUGAAUGUUUGUGAUGGCAGCCAUGGCAGCAUCUCUAGUGGUACAUUCUCAAUUGUUUCAGAGUGAAAAAUUUCAACUCUCCCUAAAGGAAAAAGUAAAAUUUUUUUUUUCUUUUUCUCUCAUUAAUUUUGGAGUGUAAAGAUUUUUAGGACUUUUAUUUUUAUUUUUUCACAUCCUCUAACAUUGAGCUGUAGUGUAGGAUUUUGUGAACACUGACAGCAACCAGAAAUGAUUACAUGAUUUUAUUUUCUUGUU